AUGGUGUGCUACGCCGACGAUACCUUGGUCCUGGCCGGGGGACGUUGGUGGAACGAGGCCGUGAAUCUCACCGGGGCCGCCGUGGCAUGCGUAAUACGCGUCAUUCAGAGGCUCGGCUUGAGCGCGUCGCCAGCAAAGUCCGAAGCCUUGUGGUUCUUCGAUCACCACCGUAGAGGAACCUCACCUCCUGGACUGUUUGUGUAUAUCAACGGAAAAGAAGUCCCGGUGAGAUAUCAGUUGAAAUACCUGGCUCUCACUCCCAGCUACUUCGAGCUCCUGGUUCCAAAGGUGACAGCCGCAGCCAACCCCCUAUGCGGCUUACUACCGAACAUCGUUGGAGCAGGAGAUGGAUUUCGCCGACUCUACGAGGGAGUGGUUCGGUCUUGA